AUGGUGGUCCUCGCGAACGCGUCGACGGUGAAAAAACCGCGACUACCGGCGCUAGAUUCGAUCAGAUUCUUUUUGAUCGCGUACAUAGGCGUCGGGCACUUCAUCGCGUGCGCGACGAAGAACUCGCUCGCGCUCGCGGCUCUCGGGCAGGUGAACGUGGUCGUCGGGGCGUUUUUCGUCCUAAGCGGCUACGUCGCCGCGUACACGACUACGGCGUUGGGAUCUUACGAGGCCGAGAUGUCGCGGUUGCGUCCGAGUCCGCAGUAUGUCGUCAGUCGUGUCAUGGGCUUUUACCCGCUGUACUUUUUGGUCAACUGCGUCUUCGCGCCGAUGUUCUUCUACGCCGAUUCGUUUUAUAAUGGUCCGGUCGCGGCCGCCGCGCACGGUUUGAUGACAUUCACGCUCACACAGGCUUGGUUUCCCAUGCACGCCGAACUUUGGAACGCGCCUUCGUGGUUUUUGAGCGCGCUCACGUUCGCCUUGGCGGCGAUGCCCUUCGCGCUGCCGUCCAUCGCACAGAUGAAGCGCGAGCAUCUGAACCGCACGUUCAAGGUCUUGCUAAUCGUCUCUCUCUUGGCAAAACUAGCGUACUCUUACGAUUUGAACGCGUGGGGGUUCAUGGAGGGCGUCAUGUCUGCCAAGACUCACCCGAACUGGUUGUACUUUAAUUCUGUGCGAUUCUCUCCCUUCAACGCGUUGGUCGACGUCUUGAUGGGAGCUGUCGCCGCGAGAACGGUCAUGGUGGACGAUGCCGAGGGCGAGUGCGCGCUGAAACAAAACAAAAUAAUGGCGUGCUCGGCGACGCCACUCGUCGCCAUGGUCGGUUUCCUCGCAGCUCGAGCGCUCGGCUUUGUCGCCGUGAACGACGCGCUGUCUCGAACCAUCUUCACUGUGAUGUUUUCCAUGUUCGCGGUGAAUAUUCAUCGAGAGACCGUACGUGAUGGCGGUGCUGGGUCGUUAGUGUCCAGGGCUUUUGCCUGGAAACCGCUCGUGUACCUCGGUACGAUUUCGUUCCCGAUUUACAUCUUGCACGGACCCAUCGGUCAAGUUUUCUACAAGCGCGUCGUGGCGACCAAGCUCUUCGGCAAGGUGUUCACGCAGUACCCGCAAUUCUUCCCGGUGUACGUGCUCAUCGUUCUCGUCGCGGCCGCGAUUACGCACGAGGUGUUCAUAAAAAACCACAAGGUGCAAAAGAUGUCGAAGGCAGUCAAGAAGAAGGCUGUCGCGGCAUUAUCAUGA